AUGUCAGCGAACGGCGAAACCGUGCCUGAAGGGACCCCAGAGGUCACCAGUGAAGCCACUUCUACUGGAAAAGGCAAGGGCAAGGCCGUCGAACAGCCAGACGCCAUGGAGGAAGACGACGAGUCUGAAGAGGAGAGCGGUCCUGAAGAGCAGCCCGAGCCUGAAGAAGACGAGGACGAGGACAUGGAAGAGAUCGAUCUCGACAACAUCAUCCAAGGCCGCACCCGUCGCAAGCAAAUCAACUGGGCCGAGGCUGAACAAAAGUCCAGGGACGCCGGCGACGAAAUCGAUGAUGACGAGGAUGAUGAUGACGACGAUUUCGAAGCCGAGGACGACGACGAGAUGAAGGGUUGA